AGAGAAAGGGGCGCAGCAUGAACAGGUAUGUUGCACCUCAGCACACCUGAGAUGUGAGAACCACUUUGCUACUGGCUGCUGGAGCUAAGGCUGCUUGUUUUGCCACGGAGACCUGCCUCACUGUCAGGACCUCGUCUCAUCCCUUCUUCAUGUUGGUCUUUCUCCAUAACGGCUGAACUUGCUACCCAGUGAGGGACGAAGUUCAGAAGUCCAAGAGAACAGGGUGUCGAUUCCUGGCCACCAUGGCGGAAAACAAUUAUAGCUGGUGGAAGCUGACUUUCCUCCGGAAAAAAAAAUCCACCCCCAAAGUAUUGUAUGAAAGCCCAGAUAUCUACGCUGUCACCAACAAUGAGAACCAACAGGAGGGUAUGCUUGCCGACGGGGGCAACAGUGGGAGCAGCGAGCGCGAAUUCAACGCCCGGCUAGAGAAGAUUGUGGACAAGAGCACCAAAGGGAAACACGUCAAAGUCUCUAAUUCAGGGCGCUUCAAGGAAAAGAAGAAAGUAAGGGCCACGUUGUCAGAAAACCCCAAUUUUUUUGCUGACAGCGAACGGGACGAGAAUUAAGGAGGUGGAUGAAAGAGAGACGCUCUCUUCACAUGCCCUCAUUUGAGGAUGCUUCUCUGGUCUGAGAGAAGCAUACGGCACAUGCAUUUCAACCCAUUUGCAAAUGAAGUUUAACGAGGGACCACCUGGGCUUUCGAGAUUGGGUCCUGAUUUUCACUUGAAAAGAAAAGUUUCAGAAGAAGAUGAACUUUAUUAAUGUUGCUAGUCUUUUUUUUAAUUUAAGGAAUAAAGCUAAUAGUAUUUAAAAUGCAAGACAGGAGAAGCCAGAGGCACAGCAGAGAAUGUGUGGUGCAAGGGUCAUAUUCAGAAUUGUUUACUACCGGUAACCAGUCACCCCUGGAUACCAUUAGGAACCCUAUCAUCCCAGUGGUGCUAUCAGGGCAGGACUUUAGGGCUAAGGUUUAGGGCUCCAUUCAGCAAAAUUAGAC